CUUCCACGUCAUGUUUGCUCUGAACAUGCCCAUGUCGCUUUGGUGGUGGUCUGGUACACUGACCCUAAUUUGCAUAGUUCUUAGCAUCAUUGAGACGGGCUCUGCGGCUGCAGGCUUGCCGCCUUUUUUGACAUUUGCCCUGUGUGGCAUUUGUGCUUCAGACAUGACGUGGCUUGGAACCAACGCCGGCUUCGAAGUGUUGGGCAUGGAGAUUGGACGCUGGAAGAUUGCACCUGAACCCAAGCAUCCAAACAGUGCAAGGACAUAUGAGUUUGCUUUGCAGCAGAUCAGAGCAAAACUCAAAGGGUCUUGGUUGGACAUGUCCAUCUUCACGCUUGUUUGGUUUGCUGGCAAUCUCUCCUUCAGCUGCGAAGUCAACGGAGUGUCAGUGGUCGGAUUCCUGCUGAUGAUUACUUUGCUGGAUUUCGGUCUCUCGUUAUGGCACCGCAUUUUGCACCUGCCAUCCAUGUACUGCUAUCACAAGGUUCACCACUCAGUCCGCAUCACGAAACCAUGGACGAACGAGGUGGAGCAUCCAGUGGAAGCACUGGGCAAUGCCAUCAUCAAGUACGGCAGCCUUGUGUUGGUGUCCACUUGGUUUCAGCUGAGCCCCAAGGUCGCCUUUGCAUAUUUCAUGUUCUCUACCUGGUAUGGAGUGAUGGUACAUUCUGGCUACAACUUGCCACCCUUUGGUUGGAUUUCGCAGAUGCCAGCUUUGUCAUUCAUCAUCACUCCCCAGCACCACCAGGACCACCACUUGCAUGGUGGAAGGAACCUUGGGGCCAUCACGUCCAUUUGGGACACUUUGUUCCAGAAGGUUGUGGAUGUGGGACUCUUCAGGCAGUCCGGGAAUACCACCACCAGACUUACCAAGGAGCCUACGGAGACUACGGAGCCGAUUCCUACGCAGCGCAUGGGCAAACCUUGGCAGGUGAGUCUUCGCGACAUCAAUGAUGACCAGUUGGCAGAGUUGGUGCAGGCUGUUCGCGCCCAUGGCAUGAUUGUGAUUCCACAUCAAUCCUGGAGUCUGGAGGAGCAGGAGGCAUUUACCUCGCGCUUGGGGGAAGUCACUGCCACAGUGGUGGGCCAAGCUCCAGAGUACUUUGAGGUUCAUCCCCGAAUCGUUCGGCUGUCGAAUUUUUGGGCCGAUGGCACAUGGAAAGGUCCAAAGUAUCAGGGGGCAGAGGUGUGGCACCAAGAUGGCGACUACAUGAAGAUGUCGCAACGCCACAUCCUGACUGUGCUAUGCGCUGACCAGGUUCCAAAAUGUGGAGGCGGCACAGGUUUCGUAGAUCUUGUGGCAGCUGCUGCAGCCUUACCAGCCUCACUGCGAGCUAAGGCUGAAGGCUUAAGCUGCUUCAGUUCGGCACGGAAAAAUGCAAAGUACAUGAAGAGAGACUUCACAGCAGAAGAUGCAGAACGCUAUCCUGACCAACGGGUACCUGUGCUUCAUCGACACCCUCGUGAUGGGAGGGAAGUGCUUCUGAUGGGUUCAGAGCUAUCAAUCUUUGAGGAUCUGGACCAUCAGCCGGAUCCAGAGACAACCCAGUCCCUGUUUCAGCACGUGCUGAAUCCUCAGUGGAUGUAUUACCAUCAGUACAAGCCAGGCGAUGUCAUCAUUUGGGACAACUUGCAAACCCUUCAUAAAGCAUUGCCCUUCGUCAAUGAUGGGUCAGAUUGUCGCCUUCUAUGGCGUGCUCAAGCGCGGGUGACGGCCGCCUUCCAAUGGUGAUACUGACACGUGAGGAUGCCCGAAGCUGGAGAUUUAGCAAUUCACUGUAAAGUUUGCACUGUAAAUUUUGCACUGUACAGUCACUGUACAGCCUACUGCUUUGUAGGUGCAAGGUCUUGUUGUCUAAGCGGGCUUGGCAAAUUUUAUAUGAGGUACUGUAAUUCUUGGCCCUACAAACAAUACGACACAUUGUCCAACAGGGCCCAAAAUGCCCAUUUGCAACCGCAGAGUUGCAGCAUCGGACACUUUGAAGCAUUUCAGGCUUCUUCAUGUUUGUUCACAACUGUUCUAGAAAUGUUGCAAAAUACUGACUGAUCUGCCUCCCUGGGUGGGCCCGACUGGCCAUUCCAGGGGGAAACCCGCCCAGGGAGGUCUGUGAGUCUGUUUCCUUUUUGCCAUGUAAUUUCCUCUCCAGACCCCUCAAGGGAGCGGUCUGUUUUUGCGAUUCGUUUAGUCUUGGACUGGAGCACAAGCACUCUUUCUUCGAACUUGGAGAAGUGCAGUACGCUCCAAAGAGAA